CGACUCUAUGUUUGAACACAGCGACGCGCCAUUUUCGUUGUUUACGUUUGUGUGUGAAACAACUGUAAAAGGAAGACGCGGAAUGGACAAAAGCGACGGCAGUCUGGGCAACGGCAGCUCCAUGGACCAAAACUCUCUGGGCAUUCUUAACAUGGACAACCUCAAGGUCUUCGGCGAUAUUUCUAGCUUCAGCAAGAGUCCCCGCAGGAGCGCGGCGAGUCGGGAGACGUCCGGAGUGCACGAGCGCUUGCGUUCAGAACGCAUGCGCGCCUUGGAAGCCCUGGAGAAGCCCCGACCAUUACGCCUCAGCCAAGCAAAGGCGACGUCUGCUGGCCUAGAGAUGCCUCGAACCGCACGUCCCAGCGAAGCAAUACCGGCCUAUACUGUCAUGAAACCACGCUCCAGCACAAAUAUCUCGGAAAUGGUUACGGAUGAGACCAUCGAUCUGAACAGUAGCGGCUCUUUCGCCAUGAUAACACCCGCCCAGAAGGGCACCAAUAUCUCCUUUGAGCCCGCCGAAAUCACCGGAAGGUCGACGCUCUGCCAGGGAGAGAAGCACCGCCGCAGGGCAGAGAAGCCUUCACUUUCUGUGGCAGAGAUUAUCAAGUCCUCGUUUGUGGAGAAGGCGCGCCUGCUGGAGAAGAAGCUGCAGGAUACCAGUCAGCUGGAGUCCAGCUAUCAUCUGUCGCGGACUAAUUCCAGCACCCUUACCGACUCCUUUAGCUGCUCGCGCAGCUUACCUCGCACGGCGGACAUGAGUGACCUGAGUUUGAACGGGGGCGGCGGAUUCUCCUUUGGCUCUGCCUCCGCGGCGGGCGCUGCCCAGGACCUUCAGCUAGACGAGAGCUUUGCGCCUGCUGAAUUGAUGCAGUCAAAGCUGGUGCUGGGCGAGAUCUCUUGGGCGCAGGAGUUCACCGCCAUGCCGACGGCCACAAUGAGUACGCAAGCGAUGCAGAAGAUGGCUGCCCCGCCACUUACAUCAGACAUAGAGACCUCUGUGUCCAACUCAGUUUUGGCCGGGGAUCCGGACUUUUCACUGGGUAACUAUUUUCAAACGCGCUCCGAGAAUAUCUGGAACAUUGUAAACAAUGACAGCCCGGAUCGGUCGCGUCCUGCCCCUCCAUUGCUGGAUCAGAAUUGCAAUCAGUCGCUCGACUCCGUGGGUACGAAGACACCGCAACCAGACAACAAGACCUAUACCAAGGCAGCGGCCCCUGCGGACUCGAAUCUGGGGCGUAACCUAAUGCGUAAGAUGCAGCAAGAGCGGAUCCAGACGGCGAUGCAGGUGGAGCCCAGGCGUCCGCCCUCGAGCUCCGAGAUCCUCAGUCUAUCGGCUAUCGACAAAGCGCUGAGGGAUCUCGAUGUCAAUUCAGACACAUCCACAGUGGAGGUGGUCAACCGGCUGUGGGAACACGGUCGUAGUAAUCCAUACGACGAUGUAAAUGAAGAUGAAAACAAGGAGAACCAGGAUCACAGCAGCCGCCAGGCGGAGCGCACCUUGUGCGGCUCCAGCAGCAGGCACACGGACACCAUGAGCUUUACAGAUUCUGUUCUGAACUCGACAGAUUUCCGCCAACUGCAGCAGAGCAUCUCUCGGAAGCCGCUCAGCCCGCUGGCGGAUCAGCCACAGAUCACCAUCAGUCGUGCAGAUACCGAUCCCGUAGAAGCCGAGGCGGACAUCGAUGAGUGGCCGUCGACUCCGAUUAAGAAUCCGAACCGCCGAGUAAAACGUACCAAAAUCUCUCCAAGAACCGCCAGUCCGGCGAGCAGCGAUGGAGUUCGGCCGUUAACCGCUACCGAGGACGAGACUGAGGUCGAGGACGAUGAUAAAACGCCAGUGAACCCGAAGAGGGUCUCUAUCGUCGCAGCGGGACUGCUGCCACGGAAACCCAACUCGCUAAGCAGCACCCGCCUGGAUGGAUGCGAUACAGCGGUGGCCUCCACCACUGACCGCGAAUUUGGUAUAUCGCCGAGCCUGGUAAAGAACCUCUCACCCAUGUCCUCGCCUCGAAGCUGUCUUUCUUCGCCUCUGCUGGAUAGCACCACCAGUUCCGAGCGCCGCCAGUUAACAAGCGCAUCCGCACGUAAGGCCAACUCCUCGCCGGCGGGGAGCGAGGCCAGUUCCACAGUUAGCGGCUAUACAACCGGCGGACGAAGAGGACCGGGUUCGGCUACUCUUCCACGCAGCCUGUCACGCUCUUCCAACUCCAGCGAGUUCAGCCAUCGUGACGGGAAGCAACUGCCGCUGAAGGUGACCCACACUAGCCUGUGCUGGGGCAGCACCAAGCUGCGUACGGAUGUGCGCAAGUGCAUGCAGGUGAAGAAUACGGCGGACAAGCGACUGGUCAUCCGUCUGGGCAUCCAGGGACCCGGCUUCCAGCUGGUCGGCGGAGACAGCAGCACCAUUACUCUGCAGGCCAUGGAAUGCCGCUCGGUGGUGGUAAAUUUCUGUCCCACUGUUUGCGGAGCUGCAAUUGGAGCGUUAUCCUUCUAUGCUCCGCUGGGAUCGCACAGCAGUAGCAGCCAGCCGGCUUUAGAGAUACCGCUGUAUGGCUACGGAGGCAGUGCGUCCAUAGCUAUACAAGGUUUGCUCAAGGGACCGGUGGGAGCAAGCUUCCUCACCAUUGGCGAUGUCUGCGACCUGUCAGCCGGACCCCUGUCCGCCAGCUUGCGGGUCCAAAACAAGGGGCCGCUGACCGCCUUUGUUGGAAUUUCUGUAGACUCUACAGUGCUGAUGAAACUGCGCCUAAGCGAGGCCUUUGAAGUUCGCCCCAGCCGCAUGAUUCUACCCCCAAACACCGAGGCCAGCAUUCAGAUCCUUUUCAGACCAAAUCGCGAGGACAUGAAGAACAUACUGAAGAAGACCGUCCAGGUCCUAACGCUGGCCAAUAUGCGCAUCUUCUGCGGUGAUGAGCCAAACAGACAGCGUAUUCGCAACCUGGUCCAUCGGAUGAGCAGCCGGCAGCGCGAGAAGCUCACCUCACCGAUGCUGGACAGCAUCUGGGGCGGCUUCCCAGAAGAGCAGACAGUGCGAAACAUUGGGAUGCUCAACGAGCCGCCAGAGUUUAUACUCGACUUGGUCACCGUUGUGCGGAUCAUCGAUGUGGCUCUCACCCUGAAUCGAGAUUUCGACGAGUCGGCCGAGAACUCACUGCUUUUCCUUCCCGAGGCCGAAGAGACCGUACUAUUCAAGACAAUCUGUGCCGCUAAUUCGCCAACCCCUACGCAGAGCCAUCUACUGGACCCGGUGGACGAGCUGUUGGAGGCGGACACGACCACUAUUACCACAAUGCCCAUGGAUCGCAACUGGUCCGUUCAGCCCACUUCGCUGGAGUUGAGCAACGGCGGAGUUUCGGUUGCCACCCUGUCCGUGACCAAUAGUUUCCGCUCCCGCCAACUCAUCGAGGUCAACUGCAACAUGCCGGAUUUGGUACGGAUCAACCCCAGCGAAUGCUAUGUCGCCCCAGAUGGCGGACAGGCGGAGAUUGAGGUGCGUCUGCUGCGCUCGCCGAGACGUGAUUUGCUGGAGAAGGAACCACUCAUUACGGUGUCAAUGGAGAACGAGCGCAUUAAUGUGCCAGUAAGCUUUAAGUUUUGAAUAUUUGUGCCUAUUUGUAUUGUAUUUGUAUUCUUUUGUUCAACGAGAGAAGCUGCAUUUAAUUUUUGAAGAAUAAGAAGAUUAUGUGUUGAAAUUGAGCAAAAAGUCUUAAAUAAAUAAAUAUUGCAUGUUUAUAAAUAA